AAAGCUCAGUCUCAUUCGUCCACAUCAUAGGCGACUCAAGAUGGCAGCUCCCACCGGGCAUGACCGAUCACGCCGUCCUAGCGAAGAAGAGGAAGAAGAUGACCCAGUUGAGACAAUGUUGAAGAAAACAGGCUGCGCGGAGUUGCAUUAUGCUGUUCAGGAAUGUAUGGCGGAAACAAAGGAUUGGCGCCUGUGUCAGGAUAAAGUGAAAGCUUUCCGCAAGUGCAUCGAGAAUAGCAUGCUGAAUCAGGUUCCUAAGAGCUGACCGCGACUGGGCAUGCCCUGCUCAGAGAUGUUGAACUAUUCAUCCAUCUAUUGCAGUUCAACGAAAGGACCUAGCAUUCUACAUUGUUCGAAGGACACACUUGUAUCUGGAAUAUUGUUCUAUUUAAUAUAUCAUGCAUAUUGUGUAUGUUCAAAAUAAUGUUAGAUGUUGAUGGAGGUAGUUCUUUAACAGUUGAAGAGUCUCUCAUCACCUAACAACAAAUAGUGUUCUACAUUGCCAAGUGAUACUGUGAACUACUAUCUUCAGAAACAUGGUAACAGCACACACAAUGAGGUUAAUUGUAUGAGGAAUCAACAGAUUUAUUAAAGGUUUUCUAUUUUUUU